AUGAUUGCUCUAUCAGGCUCACUCCUACUGCUGGGACUGGGUAUCACCAUCUUGUUCUGGGUGGUACAGACUUUGUAUUUAUCGCUCACAUCACCACUGAAGAACGUUCCAGGUCCAUGGAUCAGUCGCUAUACUAACUUGCAGUUGAAGUUCGCUGUUACUGGAGGACGUCGAAUCUUUUACAUCGACGAUCUGCACAAGAAAUAUGGCCCUAUAGUGCGCAUAUCACCACAAGAGGUUGCCGUCGCAGAUCCAGCAGCUUUCAAGCAAAUCCAUGCUGUCUCGUCCAAGUUCACCAAAGACAUAUGGUAUGAGAAGCUGACCAACUUUCCACGUCUGAGUGUUUUCACUAUGCGCAACCCUCGUGAACAUGGUCAGCGUAGAAAGCUAUUUGCUCGCGGCUUUAGCAAAUCGUACCUCAGGGAGCACUGGGAGCCUGUCGUCCGCGAGAAGACUUUUCUUGCUGUCGAAAAGAUCAAGGUUGACGCUCAGACCGGUGUUGCGGAUCUGCUCAAGUGGUGGACAUUCAUGGCUACAGAUAUCGUUGGUGUCCUUGGCUUCGGCGAGUCGUUUGGUAUGCUCGAGCUCGGCAAAGUAAGUCCAAGAUUGAGCAGUAACACUUUCAGCCUACUGAUAUGGUACCUAUCUAGNAAAACCGAGUAUAUUCGCGUACUUGAAGCCGCCCUCAUCGGUAACGGCAUUGGUGCCGAAAUGCCUUGGCUCCGGGCUAUUGGCAGCCGUAUACCUUUCAAGCCACUCAAGGAGGCUUUCAAUUCGAGCGCAUACAUUCUAGGCUACGGCACCAAAGCUGUUGAGAAUGCCCGAAAGGGUGGCCAAGACUCGAACUUGAUGGCGACUAUUAUGGCUGAAGCCGAGAAAGGUGAAGCACAUGUCGACGAUAUGGACGUUCGAACCGAGUCAACCUCGUUGAUCUUCGCUGGCUCAGGAACGACUGCCAACACCAUGACUUUCCUAUCCUGGGCAGUUGUGUCUCAACCUCAGCUUCGCGCAUCUCUAGAAGAGGAAGUCGCAAAGCUGAGCGACGGUUUCACUGACGCAGACCUCGAGAAGCUGCCUCUCCUCAAUGCAGUCAUCAACGAGACACUACGAUUGUACUGUGCUGUACCAGGAAGUCUUCCUCGAGUAGUGCCCGAGGGCGGCGUGACGCUCGACGGAUACUUUGUUCCUCCUGGCACAACAGUCAGCACACAAGCAUACACCAUGCACAGAGAUGAGAACCUCUGGCCAAACGCCCAAGUGUUCGACCCCUCUCGGUGGUUUGAGGGCAANGAGCAGAGUGCAGCAGCCAAGAGCACAUUCUGCGCUUUUGGUGCAGGUGCCUACAGCUGUCUCGGCAUUAAUCUCGCAUGGAUGGAACUGAGAUAUGCUACCGCCUUCCUCUUCCGUGAGUGCAGAGGUAUGCGUAUUGCUCCGAGCAUGCCUGCAGAUUGUAUGGAUCUCGAAAACUACUUUGUGAUUGUGCCCAAAGGUCACAAAUGCGAGGUUACUCUGCAGUAG